GUGACAGACAAAUCUGGAAAUAGCCAUGGCUGCUGUCACAGAUAGAGAUCCUGCACCCAGACAGAACAACCAAGGGUGGAAGAUACAGCCAAAUGACUUCAAAAGAAAUUACUUACCUGCCCAACAUCCAAAGGUGGUCUACCUGCUGUAUGAAAUCAGGUGGAGCAGAGGUACGAUCUGGAGGAACUGGUGCUCAAACAAUUCUACCCAACAUGCUGAAGUCAACUUCUUGGAAAAUUGUUUCAAGGCCAUGCCUUCAGUUUCUUGCUCCAUUACCUGGUUCCUAUCUACUACCCCCUGUGGGAAAUGCUCCAGAAGAAUUCUGACAUUCCUGAGAGAACAUCCCAAUGUGACCUUGGAAAUAUACGCAGCAAAGCUGUUCAAGCACCUGGAUGUCCGUAACCAGCAAGGUCUCAGGAACCUGGACAGGAAUGGAGUCAUUAUACGUAUCAUGAAUUUUGCAGGGGCUUCCUCCAUUGCUGGCAAACUUUGAAUACUAGCAAGAAGCAGCAGCGUGCUUUCAAGCCCACUUUGUGCAUCACAGCGUUAUUUACAAGAUGGAAAAGCUAGUCCCCGGCAGUCUUCCCUCCUACAGCCUUGAGCUUCAUACUGUCACCAGAGAAGACUCUUAUCACUGGCUGGGCACUGCUAUGUAUUGGACGCAGCCGAAGGAGCACACGAGAAACCAUCAGGAAGUUCGGGUGAUGCAGCCAGGCAGCCACGACACAGUUCUCUGGGUCUUUACGAGGCUUCCUGAGGGUCCCGUGGGGAUGGGGACCAUGC